AUGCCUGCAGAAAGAGAGGAUGAGAUUUGUCGAAAGGCGCUGGAACUGCUCUCCGACCUGUGCUCCAAGGGAGAGGUGCAGGACGACAACUGCCUGGAUUUCAUUUACUACUUCAGGGACUUGGCGAGACCGCGUUACACGGACUCAGAUGUAUCGGUGAGCCUGUUGUCCCUGCUGGUGACCACCUGUGGCCUGGCUCUCUUCAGUGUCUCCCUCUUUGUCUCAUGGAAAUUGUGCUGGGUGCCACUGAGUGGCCGUUUCCUCCCGGAUGUCCUCAAGGGGGCGCACUUCCUGGGAGGAGACCAACAGCCCGUCCUCAUAGAGGUGGAUGGGGAGGAAAGGGAGUACAGCGAGGAUGGCUGUAUGAAGGAGCCUUCAGGGCCCCCUUUGGCUGUGGCUGUCCCAGAGUCAGCCCUAAAGAUAAGCCACACAUCACCUGACAUCCCGCUGGAGACCCAGACCAAGGUGGAGAAAAACCAGGUCCACACUCUGGCCAGGGACAGGGUCCAAAGACAGAUUACUGAGCCUACCUCAUCUGUGCGGCACAACUCCAUCCGUCGUCAGAUGAACUUGUCCAACCCGGACUUCAACCCUGCUCAGUUUCAGCGCCAGGAGUCUCUGUCCGGUUUGGGCCGAAUUAAACCAGAACUCUACAAGCAGCGCUCCGUGGACGCAGAAGACGGUCGCCGCAGUGACAGUUGCGGGCGCCUCUGCUUCGUCCUGAAGUUUGACUUUGACCUUGAGCAGCUGAUCGUGAAGAUCCACAAGGCCCAGGACCUUCCUGCCAAGGACUUCUCAGGGACCUCAGAUCCUUACGUCAAGAUCUAUCUGCUGCCUGACCGCAAAACCAAGCACCAAACCAAGGUGCACCGCAAGACACUCAACCCAGUGUUCGACGAGGUGUUUCUCUUUCCUGUAGCAUAUGCCGAGCUGUCGAGCCGUAAGCUGCACUUCAGCGUCUACGACUUUGACAGGUUCUCUCGCCAUGAUUUGAUUGGUCAAGUGGUGGUGGACAACUUCCUGGACCUUGCCGACUUUCCUCGGGAGACGAAACUGUGCCGGGACAUACAAUAUGUAACCUCGGACAAUGUGGACCUGGGAGAGCUGAUGUUCUCAUUGUGCUAUCUCCCCACGGCUGGCAGGCUCACCAUCACCAUGAUCAAAGCCAGGAAUCUCAAAGCGAUGGACAUCACUGGAGCUUCAGAUCCCUAUGUGAAAGUGUCCCUGAUGUGUGACGGCCGGAGGCUAAAGAAGAGGAAGACGUCAACCAAGCGUAACACUCUGAACCCGGUGUACAAUGAAGCCAUUGUGUUUGAUGUUCCUCCCGAGAACAUCGACCAGAUCAGCCUGCUCAUAGCUGUCAUGGACUAUGACCGGGUCGGACAUAAUGAAGUGAUCGGGGUGUGCAGGGUGGGCAAUGAGGCUGAGAGUCUGGGGCGAGACCACUGGAGUGAGAUGCUGACAUAUCCACGGAAACCCAUUGCACACUGGCACCCACUCAUAGAGUGGGUCGGACAGGGAGCAGCAGGGAGUGGAAGCCAAGGAGGAUCCACCAACUCCCUGAAGGCACCACCAUCGCCAUGA